CCGCCGGAAGUGACGCACAAGCGUAAGGGGGCGGCCGGAAGGGCACGUGAUACAGGCGCGGGCAUUCCGAACGGCGGAGCGGGAGGUGCCAGGGGAACAUGCCCAGGAUAACGCUGAACGGCAUCGCGGUGGAUUUCCCGUUCCAGCCCUACCCCUGCCAGGAGGCCUACAUGGCCAAGGUGCUGGAGUGCCUGCAGAAGAAGGUAAAUGGCAUUCUGGAGAGCCCUACAGGCACAGGAAAGACCCUCUGCCUGCUCUGUUCCACUCUGGCUUGGCGGGAGCACUUCAAAGACACGAUCUCAGCCCGCAAAAUCGCCCAGCGCAUGAACGGGAUGGAGCUCUUUCCUGAGAGACCCAUGUCCUCCUGGGGCAACGCGGCCACAGAUGCAGACAUCCCAGCUUAUUACACUGACAUUCCUAAAAUAAUUUAUGCCUCCAGAACUCACUCACAACUUACACAGGUCAUUAAUGAAUUAAAGAACACAGUCUACAGGCCAAAGAUCUGUGUGUUGGGUUCCAGAGAGCAGCUUUGCAUCCAUCCUGAAGUGAAACGACAGGAGAGCAACCACAUGCAGAUCUACAUGUGCCGAAUGAAAGUGAUGGCUCGUGCUUGUCAUUUCUAUAACAAUGUGGAAGAAAAGAGUACAGAGAAAGAACUCAUUGAAUCAAUCAUGGAUAUCGAAGACUUGGUUAAAAAUGGGAACAAGCACAGAGCUUGUCCUUAUUAUCUCUCUCGAAGCCUGAAGCAGCAAGCAGAUAUUAUUUUUAUGCCUUACAACUAUUUACUAGAUUCAAAGAGCCGGCGAGCGCACAACUUGGACCUGAAGGGCACUGUGGUGAUACUUGAUGAAGCUCACAACGUGGAGAAGUUGUGUGAGGAGUCGUCGUCUUUUGAUCUGACACCCUACGAUUUGGUGUCGGCACUGGAUGCCAUCAAUGUCGUACUGGAAGAACAAGCCAAAGUAGUUCAACAGAAUGAAAUAAAUGCAGAAUUCAAUAUGGAAAUGGCCAGUUCAGGACUGAACAUGGAACUUGAAGAUAUAGCAAAGAUAAAGAAAAUUCUUCUUCAGCUAGAAAGUGCUAUUGAUGCAGUGGAGCUGCCACCAAAUGGUGCUGGAGUCACCAAAGAGGGAAGCUACAUCUUUGAUCUGUUUGCAGAGGCCCAAAUAACAUUCCAGACCAAAUCCUCGCUCUUGGAGUCAAUAGAGCAGAUUUUACAGUUUCUUUCAGGCCGCACUGGGAUAUUUGUCAAUACAUCUGGAUUGCAUAAGCUCUCAGACAUUAUCCAGACAGUAUUCAACAUUGAUCCUCCAGAAGGCUCAACAGGUUUCAUGCCGCAUCGGUCAAUAUCUAAAUAUUAUAAGGUCCAUAUUCACCUGGAUAGCAAUAAUCAGAAGAAGAAACAAAGGACAGAUCUCUGGAAUUCAUCGUCUGCAAAAAAACAAGGAAAGACCUUGAGCUACUGGUGUUUCAGCCCUGGGUACAGCAUGCACGAGCUUGUUCGACAGGGAGUCAGGACGAUUAUCCUGACUAGUGGGACUCUCUCCCCACUCUCAUCGUUUACAAUGGAGAUGCAGAUCCCUUUUCCUGUUUCCUUGGAGAAUCCUCAUGUUAUUGAUAAACACCAGCUCUGGGUUGGGAUCAUUCCUAAGGGACCUGAUGGAACUGUGCUUACUUCUACCUAUGAAAGAAGGUUUUCUGGGGAUUAUUUAUCUUCUCUGGGGAAAACAAUUGGUAACCUGGUGCGGGUUGUACCGCACGGACUCUUGGUGUUCUUCCCAUCGUAUCCCGUCAUGGAUAAGAGCCUGGAGUAUUGGAGGGAGCAUGAUUUUGCUAGAAGAAUAGAGGAAGUAAAGCCGAUGUUUGUGGAACCCAGGAACAAAGGAAGCUUUGCAGAGGUAAUGGAUGCCUACUAUGAUAAAGUUGUCUGUCCGAAGUCCAACGGAGCUGCGUUUUUGGCAGUAUGCCGAGGGAAGGCCAGCGAAGGGCUGGACUUUGCCGACGUGAACGGCCGAGGUGUCAUCAUCACGGGGCUGCCGUUCCCCCCGCGCCUGGAGCCCCGGGUGGUGCUGAAGAUGCAGUUCCUGGACGAGCUGAGGAGCAGCGGGGCGGGCACACAGUAUUUGUCUGGGCGUGAGUGGUACAGCCAGCAAGCGUCCCGCGCUGUCAAUCAGGCCAUCGGACGUGUCAUCCGGCACCGCCAGGACUACGGUGCCAUCUUCCUCUGUGACCACAGGUUCACAACUGGUGAUGUGAGGAGCAAGCUGCCGUCCUGGGUUCGCCCGUAUGUGAACGUUUAUGACAACUUCGGGCACGCUGUCAGGAGCGUCUCCCUCUUCUUCCGUGUUGCUCAAGAAAUCAUGCCCCCACCCCUGCCGCAGUGCCCUGCUGGUUCAGCUGCUUCCCGCAGUAAAAGCGAUCCGGUGCCAUCUACUUCAUCUGAGCAGAUCCUCUCCCUGCAAAAAGCCAAAAACUUGGAUGACCAUGUUCCCAGUUUGAAGAGGAAAAGAAAAGUAAAUGGAGAUGGAGCACCCAGCCUGUGCAUGGAGUAUGAACAAGAGCUGAUCUCACCUCGACGACGUUGUAUUGGGCUCCUGGACGCGUUGGAGCGCAACGAGAGGAGCAGCGAAGAUGCAGAGAAGGAGGAGAGUGACUUGUCAGGAGAGGAGAAGGCCCAACGUCUGUCAACACUUUCCCUUCAGUAUGAGAAGAGGUUAACAGAUGAGCAGAAAGGAGGAAGGAAGAAAAUAAAGCUGGUCAGCAAUACACAAGCUGAGCAGAAAACGGACCCGCCGGAACCCAAGAAGGCCCGAGCCACGCUGUACAUCGCAACGGUGAAGGAGACCCUGAGCCAACAGAACUAUGACCUCUUCUCCAAGGCUCUUCAGCACUACAAGAAGACAGACGACUUCCAUGCCAUGUUGUCUCAAAUGAGCUCCCUCUUUCUAGAGGAUGAGAAAAAGCAUGUUUUGUUACGAGAGUUUUACCAGUUUGUUCGACCUCAGCAUAAGAAGGAGUUUGACGAGGCGUGUUGCAGUCUGACUGGUGCGGGCUGUGGCUACAAACCUGAGCACAGCCUCCUGCGGGAGGAGAGGGAGAGACUUGCCAGGAACAUGGAAGAAAAGCAGAGUCAGCAGAAAAGCGCAUUCUCAACGGACUCGUGUGCUCAGCUGAACCCUGGGCUUCACCUCAACCGGGGAGGAUUCCACUUGGCAACAGGACUGAAUGGUGCAGGGCAGAAUUCCGGUCAGGCUCCAAGGAAAGAUGCUAAAAAAGCCUCAAGCUCAAGGAGGGAUCAGCACCAGGUCCUCAGGGCUUCCUACCUCAGCGAUGUGAAAAGGGCGUUGGACAAAAGCACCUACAGCCAGUUCUAUCAAGCGUUGUUGGCCUACAAGAAGACAGACAACUAUGAGGCAAUGGUAUCGGUGAUCGCAGCCCUCACCACUGAGAGGCCAGAAGACUUUCAUCUCCUACAAAGGUUUUCCAUGUUUGUUCGCCCUCAUCACAAAGAGCGGUUCAAAGAGCUGUGUCAGGGUUUGACGGGAAUGGGCUGUGGCGAGGGAGAGAAGCAGCUGCAGCAGCCAGUGCAAGGUGCAGAGAACCCCCAGGGUCUGGCGAGCUGGUGCGCUGGAGGAGAAAACAGCCGUGGACAAGAAGAUGCAACCACUUCUAAGGAUAAAGCACCAGAGAAAAUUCAGAAGAAGAUUUCCGCUUUCUGCUUUAGCCAGGAAAGCAAACUUGAAUUGCCAAAGACCAAAGUACCAGAAGAAACCAGUAAGACGAGAGCCCCCACGGGCUGUGGCGCUGUGCCUGUCUUCCCCCUGGAGCUAGAGCCAGAAUGUGGAAGAUUCCAGUGCUCUAACUGCAAUUCUGAGGACGAUGUGCCUUUUAAAUGUCCAUUAUGUGACUUCACUUGCUGCAAAACGUGCUGGGAGCAGUUCUUAAAGAUGGCGAAAAAGUGCCCGAAGUGCCACAGUGAUGUGAAGAAGCAGCGAUUAAUCCAAGUCUUCUUCUGGUCAUAAUCCCACCAACAGGAAUGGCAAAUGCUUCCUAUCAGCAGAAAGAAGUUGCUGUGCUCUGGCUCUCAGAAGCAGGAUGAAGAUUAUUUAAGUGUCUUUGAUCCUUGGCUCUGGAUGCUGUGCUGUGCACCAGCACGUAUUAACUCUUCCUACAAAGGUGAUUGAGUUUGGAAGGUCUCGCACUUUCUCUUGACUCACUGGCAGGAGACAGCAGAAUAUGAGCCUUUGUUGGAAAUAAGGUUAAUUUCUUAUUUUAGCCUGUAAAUUUUACUGUAGCCACUCUUGGGCUGAAAUGUUAGAUCCCAGAGGUGGCUGGUGCUGAUGGGCCCCCAGGUAGUGUCAGCUCCUGGAAAACCCCAGCGAUGGUGGCACAGGGAGCCAAACCCGCUGGAGAAGGUGACCAGAGCACCCAUCCUCACCGCCCGCGCUCCGGGAAGGGGGAAUCACAGCACCAGCAGGAGGUGCUGCAAGGGUGACUUUUGAAAAGCAAAUUCCAGUUGUGGGGAAGGAGCAGAAACGCCCUUUCACCUGCUGUGCACCCCGAAGUCCCAUUCCUUCCGCCCUGCUGGGAUUCUUGGGAAUGUGCACUAUGGACGUGUUAUUUUCUUCCAUCGUGCCUGUGUUACCCGACAUUCACUUUCCAGGAAGCAAAAGGAUCUAAUUGCUUUGAAACUUCAAAAUAAAUCAAGUUAGAUGGGUUAAAACAAAAUUCUGUAAUACUUCCACUCUCUGUGAGUAGUGGAUAUAAGUGGUUAACCUGAAAAACUGUAUCAAUUUUAAAUCUCCAGUAGCUGCUGUAUGUUAAACUAUAAAUAAAACCAUCUUUGUCUUAA